UCUUAAAGCGGCGAUGCGGUAUACACCCCACGCCUUCCGUUAUCUUUUCUUCUCCUUCCCAUCGCUCCUUGUUUCUUGCUGAUGGAGGCCGUACUCCUAAACUCCGCACUCCGCCUCCUCUUGCCCACUCCAACUCGCCCCUCGCUCUACCCCGUCUCCAUCCCCCAAACCCUCUCCUUCUCCUCGAGCCUCUCCCCCCCGCGCUUCCCGAUACGCAUUUCUUCCCGUUCCCAUUCGCUACCGGGAUUUUUCUCGCAUCCCUCGCGGAAUUGGAGGCCGUUCCAUGUCUCGGCUAGCGCGGUUGCUGUGCAGAAAACGGGGAAAGAUCGGUCUCCAGCCGAUGUUCUUGUCACCGAGACGAAGGAGCCUAACUCCAGUGUUAGAUUAAGUGUAGAAGUUCCUCCAGCAGUAUGCCAACAAUGCUACAGAAAAGUCUUAGAUGAAUUUGCUAAGCAAGCAAAGAUUCCUGGAUUUCGUCCUGGAAAGAAGGUUCCAGAAAAUAUACUUGUCAACUACAUUGGUGGAAACAAUGUGCAGCAGGCUGCUAUUGAAGCAACUUUGAAGAAAACACUUCCACAGGCCAUGGCUUCGGUGGAGGGAAGGGCUCUGAAGGAUUCCGUGCGGAUCGUAACUAAGUUCUCUGAGAUGUAUGAUGUCUUCUCUCUCCAAGAUGCCUUCAGAUAUGAAGUUGUGGCUGAUGUGGCUCCUGAAGUCAAAUGGCUGUCAGAGAAUAAAUACAAAAAUUUGAAGAUUGUUGUCGAGAUAGACAAUAUCAUUGAAGCUCAAAGUGCCUCUGAAAGAGAGCUACAACGGCGUCACAAGGCUCUAGGUUUGCUGAGAAUUGUAACUGAUAGGGGUUUGCAGAUUGGCGAUCUUGUGGUCCUUGAUAUAUUUGCAAAAACCAUUGGACAAGAUGAGUCUGAAGGUGAAAAAAUCCCAUCUGCUGAGACAAAAGGAUUCCAUUUGGAUACUGAAGAGAGUGAUAACCUCCUGCCUGGGUUUCUUGAUUCAAUUAUUGGGAUUCGACAAGGUGAAACAAAAUCAUUUCCCCUUCAGUUUCCAGAAUCAUGGGAACAGGAAAAUCUUCGAGGCGUCCGUGCUCAAUUUACUGUUGAGUGCAAAGAGCUUUUCUACAGAGAUUUACCACAACUGGAUGACUCUCUUGCUGAAAAUGUCCUUCCUGGAUGCAAUUCUUUGGAUCAGGUUCGAGAAGCAAUACUGCAGAGAUGUAAAGAAGUUGAGCAAACUGCGAUAGAACAAGCAACGGAUAAUGCAAUUCUGGAUCAACUGAGCAAGAUUGUUGAAGUUGAUAUUCCUAAAUCCUUGUUGGAAGAACAAGGAAGACAGCUAUAUGGAGCCAAACUCUUGCAGCUACAGGUGGAGAAGAAAAUAAAUGAAAGCCAACUAGCAUCUCUUUCAAGUGAAAGGGCAGUAGGUCAGUUCAUCAACAACGAGAAGGAGAAUAUUUCAAAGAUAAUAAAACAAAUGCUAGCUGUCGGUGAGAUAUUCAAGUGUGAAAAUUUGCAGUUUUUGACUGAGGAGCUUGUUAAAGAGGUUGAGAAUUCUAUCGCAGAGUUCAAACGCCAUAAUCAAGAGUAUGAUGAGGAGCGUGUGCGAGAGCAGGUCCAGGAUGUCCUGGAGGGAGCAAAGGUGCUUGAAUGGUUGAGAGAGAAUGCUGAGAUCCAGUAUGUGAAGCAGUGAGUUCCCAGGGUCCAGGCAUUGCAGAUAAUUUCUUUUACAAGGGCAUGGAUUCAGAUUUGUAGAGAAACAUAAGAGGCAUUGUAGUUGAUCACAACUUAAUGCCCUCUUCUCCUUUCAGUAGUUGAUUGGCCCCUUUGUUGUCACUGGCUUGGUGACCUUUUUAGCAACGAAGGUAGUCGGCAUCAUCUCUUAUCAGCAACUUUUAUUUAGCAUCGGCAUGGUAUAGAAAUGCUGCAAGAGUUUGUAUAUGCAACAUUAGGGCCCUUCUAACCUACUAUGAAAUUAUUACUUUGUAACCAUAAGCUACUACUGAAUGUGACAAAUCAUUCUCUUCUCAUGACCUUUUCUGCAGUUGUUUUAACUGCACACAAGAUUAAAG